AUGGCUCAAUUUGCUUUAAUCUUGUUGCCAAUGUUGUUUAUCUUAUCCGGAGCCAUCAAAAUCGACGAAGAUUUGGAAAUGAACUUGGAGUUGAUCAAGCAUCAACCUUGCAGUUAUAAACCAGGUAACCCAUCUACUUAUAAAAAUUUUGAAAUUUUGAUGUUUAUUAUUUUUUAAGUCAUUAUAACUUGUUAAAACCAUAGCUUUCGAAAUUUUAUUAGUAUACUGAUCAAUUUGCUUUUGGAUAUGUUUCAUCGUAUAACAUGGUAAGCCGCAGUUCGCAAUGGAAAAAUUUGAUUUUUUUUGUAAAUAAAUUUAAUAACAAGCCUUUUGAGGACAAAUUACAGCGUUUAUAACAGUUUUUAAAGUUAGAAACAUAAGUUAUAUUGUUAUAAGACAUGUUUCAUCAUAUAAUAGUAGUUUUCGCAGGCUGCGCUUCAACUUUUUCUUUCCUUUUUGUAAAAUACGUAUCCAAUUGAGUUAUAUUCUCUAACCUAAUAUCAUUUCUUGCCUAUUUUCUUAUAUUAACAACUAAUUUGCAGAAAAAGCCAAAUGGGAGAGAAAAAUCGAGUUCCAAGGAGGUACCGACCGGUCGGGACCAAAACUUGUGCCACGACCAGGCACUGACAAUUGUUAUAGUAUUGGUGGACGUGUUGAGGUGUUCAGCGAAUUCAAAGGAGAGUUCAGUAUCUAUUUGGAGUUGAGAUCGUCGGCCAACAAGAAGCAGGUACCCGAGACUUGUCAGAAGCAACGUCCAGAUGGAUGUGGAGGCUUUGGCAGUUGGUAGGUCGGGUUAAAAUGGGUAUAGCUGUGUUUUGUGGGUUGAUAUAGGUAUGAUUAGAGCUUUUAAGGUUUUAUAGAUAUAAUUAUGUUCUAUAGAUUUAUAUAAAUGGGUAUGGCUAUGUUUAUUAAAGUAAUAUAGGUAUAGCUGUAGCAAAAUAAUGUAAAAUACGAUUGAUUAAACCGAUAAAAACUUAGUUUUUGUUAUUUUAAAACCUAAAUUUCAUGUUUUUAAGCUUAAAAAUGGUAUAUAAACGAUAAUAUUACCUAAUUAAAACCAAAUUAUUAUCUAUUUCCAGCCUCUACUGCAACGCCUGUGAAACCCUCGCCCAAGCCAAAGGUGUUCAAGCCCAGCUUUUGUUGGACGGAAAGCCAAUUACUUGCCAAGAAGGCCUGAAACCCGGCGUUUACGACAAUUUGGAAUUAGUUUUCUGUCUCCCCGAAAUUGAUGACAUUUUGACCAGCCAGGGCUUGAGCAAAGAGACCUUCAAGAGUCUGGUUCAGAGCGAGGUAAGUUGUUAUCGCAGAGUAAUUGUUGGAAACAAUUGAAUUGAAGGAAAAUUUUUAAACAGGAAUUUUUGAAUUUUAAAAAUUUGAAAAGUUAAGCAUAUACAUAUUAACCAUACAACCGCCCUAUCCUCAAUCCUAACACUAGCCUUGUCUCUUGGCUUAGUAUUAGCUCUAGCCUUAGCUCUAGUCUUAGUUCUAGCUCUAGCCUUGGCUCCAGUCUUUAGCCUUAGGCUGAGACUUACCAAUAGCCUUAGACCUAGGCUUGUUCCUAGAACUAGCCUCAGCUUCAGGCCUAGUAUUAGGUUUAGCCUUAGACCCAGCACUAUCUUCUUUCUCAGUUGUUGCCCUAGGCUUAGUCCUAGCGCUAGCCUUAUGCUGAGUACUAUCAUAGAACUAGACUUAGCCCUAGGUUUAGUCCUAGCAAUAUCUUUUGUCUUAGGCUUAGUACUAGCGCUAGUAUUGGCCUAUGCUUAUUACUAGCCCUAGCUUUAACCCUAUAGCUUUAGUCUUAACCCCGCCUUAGUUUUGGUACUAACCUGGGCUCUAGACUUAAUUAUAUCACCAGCCUUAGGCUGAGAUUUCGCUAUAGAUUUUACUCUAGGCUUAGUAAUAGCUUUAGUCUUAGUUUUGGAUUUAGUUUUAGUACUAGCUUUAGUCCUAGGCAUACCUCUAGUUCAAUCUUUAGCCUUAGUCCUAGCUCGUGACCUAGCUUUAACUUUAUCCCAAAGUUGUCUUAUCCGUAGGCUUGUUCUGUCUUAUCCGUAGGCUUGUUCUCAAUGCUUAGCUCACUAUAACAAGGCAAAAAGCAAUACUAUCAACACCACUUCCAGGACGGUCAAAACCUCCGUUCCAUGGGAAUCUUUGCCACGAUCUAUGUCUUCGACACUGAUGUCAGUAAGCAAAUGCAAACCCAAGCCAAGGUAGAAGCAGUCUACCGUAAGACCAAGCGCUCCUUCUUCCAAAACGAACCUCUGCCAGCUGAAAUCUACUGGUCGUUACCGUUCAACUCAAUGAUCAAGGAACAGAAAGUGUUCGUGGCUUGUCAUAAGAUCUACGGCAACAUCAAAAUAUCUUCAACGCAAUAA